CCGCUCAACCGCCACCAUGUCUCUGACCAGAGCUGAGAGGACCGUCAUCGUGUCCAUGUGGAGCAAGAUCUCCACACAGGCGGACGCCAUUGGCACCGAGACCCUGGAGAGGCUCUUCUCCUGCUACCCCCAGGCCAAGACCUACUUCCCGCACUUCGACCUGCACACGGGCUCCGCGCAGCUGCGCGCGCACGGCUCCAAGGUGGUGGCCGCCGUGGGCGACGCGGUCAAGAGCAUUGACAACGUGGCGAGCGCGCUGUCCAAGCUGAGCGAGCUGCACGCCUACGUGCUGCGCGUGGACCCGGUCAACUUCAAGUUCCUGUCCCACUGCCUGCUGGUCACGUUGGCCUCGCACUUCCCCGCCGACUUCACGGCCGACGCGCACGCCGCCUGGGACAAGUUCCUGUCCAUCGUGUCCGGCGUCCUGACGGAGAAGUACCGCUGAGGCCGCUGCAGGACCCCCAGGACGGAAUGAGCCCCCAGAUGCUCUAGGGAGUCUCACACCCCACCCCACGCCUUCCCCGAGACGGGGCCAAUAAACGAAUUAACGUCCA